CUCUGGUUUUUUCAAUUUAUUUUUUUAUUUUUUUGAGUCUUCGUGCCAACGUUGGUAUUGCACUGGCACUAAAUGGUGGGCAAAAUUGUUUUCCUGAGAGCAUCAGAAGAGCGUUUGUUGGUUGCAAAGAAUGGCUCAGCAGCAAGCACUGAGAUUUCGUGGUCCAGCUCCACCACCAAAUGCCGUUAUGAGAGGCCCGCCACCUCUCAUGCGUCCACCUCCACCUUUUGGUAUGAUGCGUGGUCCACCUCCGCCACCUCGGCCGCCCUUUGGACGUCCUCCAUUUGAUCCAAACAUGCCUCCAAUGCCGCCUCCGGGAGGGAUUCCUCCACCAAUGGGGCCUCCACAUUUACAGAGACCACCAUUCAUGCCGCCUCCUAUGGGUAGCAUGCCACCCCCUCCUGGUAUGAUGUUUCCUCCAGGGAUGCCGCCUGUCACAGCCCCUGGAACUCCAACAAUGCCACCCACUGAAGAAAUAUGGGUAGAAAACAAAACUCCAGAUGGCAAGGUCUAUUUUUAUAAUGCAAGAACACGUGAGUCUGCAUGGACCAAGCCAGAUGGGGUGAAGGUUAUUCAGCAGUCAGAGCUGACACCGAUGCUGGCUGCCCAGGCUCAGGCCCAAGCCCAGGCUCAAGCCCAAGCCCAAGCCCAGGCUCAGGCUCAGGCCCAGGCCCAGGCUCAGGCACAGGCACAGGCACAGGCUGUUGGUGCCUCCACACCAACUACCAGUAGUCCUGCAUCUGCAGCUUCUCCAUCGACAUCAUCGAGCACUCAGUCCUCCACAACCUCCACUACAACCACAUCCACUUCAGUUUCUCAGACCAUUUCCACACCUACAACACAAGACCAGACCCCAAGUUCUGGGGUUUCAGUUGCCACACCUUCAGUCAGUGUUUCAACCUCUGCUCCUUCUGUUACUCCUGUGCAGACAGUACCCCAGCCCGUCCCACAGACAUUGCCUCCUGCAGUUCCUCAUGCAGUUCCUCAGCCAACUGCAGCAAUUCCUGCUUUUCCACCAGUAAUGGUACCUCCGUUUCGUGUCCCCCUUCCGGGUAUGCCUAUUCCACUUCCAGGUGUAGCAAUGAUGCAAAUAGUCAGCUGCCCGUAUGUAAAGACAGUCGCUACCACCAAGACCGGUGUCUUGCCAGGAAUGGCCCCUCCUAUUGUACCUAUGAUCCAUCCUCAGGUUGCUAUUGCCGCUUCACCUGCUACCUUGGCUGGAGCAACAGCAGUCUCUGAAUGGACAGAGUACAAAACAGCUGAUGGGAAGACUUAUUAUUAUAACAAUAGGACAUUGGAAUCAACAUGGGAAAAACCCCAGGAACUAAAAGAGAAAGAAAAACUGGAAGAGAAGAUUAAAGAGCCCAUUAAAGAACCUACUGAGGAACCUUUGCCAAUGGAAACAGAAGAAGAGGAGCCCAAAGAAGAACCCCUAAAAGAACUUAUAAAGGAGGUCCUGUUUCAGGGAAGCAUGUGGAUGCAGGAGCCAAAAGAGGAAGAAAUGACAGAAGAAGAAAAAGCAGCUCAGAAAGCAAAGCCAGUUGCAACCACUCCUAUACCUGGUACCCCAUGGUGUGUGGUGUGGACUGGUGAUGAACGGGUUUUCUUCUACAACCCUACCACUCGUCUCUCUAUGUGGGACCGACCAGAUGACUUAAUUGGAAGAGCUGAUGUUGACAAAAUUAUUCAGGAACCUCCUCAUAAAAGAGGAAUGGAAGAAGGAAAGAAACCAAUUAAAGAAGAACAUGAAUCAACAGAAGAAGUCAAUGAGGAUGAGCCUAUUAAAACAAAGAAGCGGAAAUACUAUGCAUUUCAUUUACACAGGAAAGAUGAUAACAAAGACAUUGAUUCAGAGAAAGAGGCUGCUAUGGAAGCUGAAAUUAAAGCUGCUCGAGAGAGAGCCAUCGUCCCUCUGGAGGCUCGAAUGAAACAGUUCAAGGAUAUGCUGCUAGAGAGGGGGGUUUCUGCCUUUUCAACAUGGGAAAAGGAGCUGCACAAGAUCGUUUUCGAUCCUCGAUACUUGCUUCUCAAUCCUAAAGAAAGAAAACAGGUAUUUGACCAGUAUGUGAAAACCAGAGCAGAAGAAGAGCGCAAGGAAAAGAAAAACAAAAUAAUGCAGGCCAAGGAGGAUUUCAAGAAAAUGAUGGAAGAAGCAAAGAUUAAUCCAAGAGCUACUUUUAGUGAAUUUGCAGCCAAGCAUGCUAAAGACUCGAGAUUCAAGGCAAUUGAAAAGAUGAAAGAUCGAGAGGCCUUGUUUAAUGAGUUUAUCACAGCGGCAAGAAAGAAGGAGAAAGAAGAUUCGAAGACCAGAGGUGAGAAGAUCAAAAUGGACUUCUUUGAACUACUGUCUAAUCACCACUUGGACAGUCAGUCUCGCUGGAGCAAAGUGAAGGACAAAGUAGAGACUGACCCCCGUUACAAAGCAGUGGAUAGUUCUUCACAGAGGGAAGAUCUUUUUAAACAAUACAUUGAAAAAAUAGCCAAGAAUUUAGACUCUGAAAAAGAAAAGGAGUUGGAAAGGCAGGCUCGUAUUGAGGCAAGUUUGCGUGAACGAGAAAGGGAGGUUCAAAAAGCUCGUUCGGAGCAGACCAAGGAAAUUGACAGAGAACGGGAACAGCACAAACGUGAAGAGGCUAUCCAGAACUUCAAAGCUCUCUUAUCUGAUAUGGUGCGAUCUUCAGAUGUUUCAUGGUCUGAUACCAGGAGGACUCUUCGAAAAGAUCAUCGGUGGGAAUCUGGCUCCCUCCUGGAAAGAGAAGAGAAAGAGAAGCUUUUUAAUGAACACAUUGAAGCACUUACCAAAAAAAAAAGGGAGCACUUUAGGCAACUUCUGGAUGAAACCUCAGCGAUUACUUUAACAUCAACAUGGAAGGAAGUGAAAAAAAUAAUUAAAGAAGAUCCCAGAUGCAUUAAGUUUUCUUCCAGUGAUAGGAAAAAGCAAAGGGAGUUUGAAGAGUACAUCAGAGACAAAUAUAUUACUGCCAAAGCUGACUUCAGAACGCUAUUGAAAGAGACCAAAUUUAUAACAUACAGGUCCAAAAAAUUGAUCCAGGAAUCUGACCAGCAUCUGAAAGACGUAGAGAAGAUUUUACAGAAUGACAAGCGUUAUCUGGUACUUGACUGUGUGCCGGAGGAGAGACGCAAACUCAUUGUGUCCUAUGUAGAUGACCUGGACCGCCGAGGUCCUCCACCACCUCCCACAGCUUCAGAGCCCACAAGACGAACAACAAAAUAGUUAAGAAAUACUCUCUCACGCAAGGGUAUCUGUUAAUUCAAAAAGCUUGCAUGAGCCAUCUGUCAGGUUUUUACAUAUACAUUACCGUGAACCUAUUGCAAAACCAUCUGAGGAGCAGAGGAAAAAGCAGCGUUUGUGAACAUAAAGGGGGUCUCUCUGUACAAAGAGAACAUUUAAGAUAUUUAAGCUUUUAUUUUUGUGUGUGUGGCAUGACUGACAAAAUCCCAACCAUGCAGGCUGUGUUUAGUAAUAUUAGAUCUCAGAACAAUGGAGUAUCUGUAUAUGAGGUAUGGAUGUCAGUGAUAUUUGGAGGCAUUCUUCUCAGCAGUGUUAUGCAAGUCUUAAGGAAGAGUAACAUUUGUGAGUUGAACUUUACCUGCUCAAGUACAACAAACUUUCAGAUGGUUACCUGCAGUCAGCUGUUUGAGCAGAUGAAACAUUGUCUCAUGACAGAACUAUUGAGUGCUGAGGGCCACAGUAAGUUUUUUGGUUUUUUUGUUUUAGUUUGAAAAGCGGGGCCUGAUUUGUUACUUGCUCUCUCACCUUUUUAAGAUCAGAAUUAACUCCAUUAAAAUCAGUAGAGUUACACUUGUGAGAUGAGAAUUAGGAUUGCAGAGACCAAACUAAAUUUGUUCACAGGUCUGCUUUGUUCCCUCCCCAACCGCUGAUAUAUAGACAAAAUCAGGUUGCUUUGCCCAAGUGAAAACUUGUCUGAGAAUUUUUGUUCAAAAUUGGAGACACAGUAAACAGUGGUUCCCAGAACAGGACGGUUGUAUAAAAACAUUUUUAUUUACCAUAAAGUGAUCUUUACUGGAUUCUGGAUUAGACUGUGGAUUUCCCUUCUGGGCAAUUCUUGUAAACUAUACUCCUGUUUUGAAUGUUAAACUUGUGUUUCUAAAGUUUAAUUUUGAAAUGUUGGGAUUGUUCAGUUUAUGUAUUUGAACUACAAUAAACCAACCCUUUUUAUAUAUGGA